GAAACCUAUUCUUAAUUUCAUCCAAACAUAAACCUCUCUCCCUUAUCACAAACUAUACAGAGGCCAAUUCCAUGAGAACGUCGUCGUUUGGAAGCUGCAGCUCCAACAAAGCUAAUCCCUCUCGCGAAUUCGAGUCACCGCCGGAUCUCGUCCCACCAGGAGAUGACCAACCUCCGCCUGCCCACAGCGGACACCGCUGGAAAGAAUUUGUGGAAGUCACGUUAGAGCUAGAAGAUCACUCCCCUGUGCUCUGCAAUGUCAAUCCCGCCCGUGCCGCUGAUGAACUCCCCUCCGCUGCGUCUAGUUUUCGAAGGAUUUUAUCCUGGUCGAGAUCGCCAUCUUCGGUUUCCGUCGUGGAAGAUCCUGCCAUCACCGCCCGUAACGCUAGGAAAAUGAAAGCCAAGCUUGAACGGACGAGAUCGAGUGCGCGGACAGCCCUUGAGGGGCUCAGAUUCAUCAGCGAGACGGCCGGAGCCACCGACGCCAGUGAGCUAUGGAGAAAAGUGGAGGAGAGGUUUGCGUUACUUGCUAAGGACGGUUUGCUUGCGAGAGAAGACUUCGGUGAAUGCAUUGGAAUGCAGGAUUCCAAGGAAUUUGCCGUAGGAGUAUUUGAUGCACUGGCGAGAAGAAAGCAGCAGAAAGUGACGAAAAUUAGCAAAGAAGAGCUCUACGACUUCUGGUUGCAGAUUACGGACCAGAGCUUUGACGCUCGUCUUCAGAUUUUCUUCAACAUGGCUGACAGCAAUGGAGAUGGAAAGAUUACUAGGGAGGAGGUGCAAGAGCUUAUAAUGCUCAGCGCUUCAGCAAAUAAGCUAUCGAAACUAAAAGAACAAGCUGAAGAAUACGCAGCUUUAAUAAUGGAAGAGCUAGACCCAGAAAACCUGGGUUACAUUGAGCUGUGGCAGUUAGAAAUGUUGCUCCUACGAAAAGAUAGCUAUAUGAAAUGUAGCAGACAAUUGAGCAAUCCAAGUAUGGUAGGAUGGGGUCAGAAUCUGAGUGGGUUGAAGCACAAAAAUGUGAUCCAAAGGAUGUGCAGGACACUGGUAUGUCUGGUAAUAGAGCAUUGGCGGAGGGGCUGGAUCUUGUUGCUAUGGUUGGCCUCCAUUGCUUGUCUUUUUACCUGGAAAUUUUAUCAGUAUAGAAACAGAGCAGCUUUUCAAGUCACUGGUUACUGCUUAUCCAUUGCCAAAGGUGCUGCAGAGACCCUUAAGUUUAAUAUGGCUCUCAUCCUCUUACCAGUUUGUCGUAACACUUUGACUUGGCUUCGUUCCACGAGGGCCAGAUCUUUUGUUCCCUUCGAUGACAACAUUAACUUCCAUAAGAUGAAUGCGUGUGCCAUAGCUAUUGGAGUCGCCGUUCAUGCGGGUAAUCAUUUGGCUUGCGAUUUUCCCUUCCUCAUAAACUCAUCCCCGGAGAAAUUUGCUCCCAUAUCUUCAGAUUUUCAUAACAAAAGGCCCACUUAUAAAACACUCUUGACCGGGGUCGAAGGCAUCACAGGAAUUUCAAUGACUGUUUUAAUGGUCAUCUCUUUCACCCUAGCAACCCACUAUUUUCGAAGAAACGUGGUCAAGCUAUCCCCACCAUUCAACAAAUUGACCGGCUUUAAUGCAUUCUGGUAUUCACACCACCUUCUUGCCCUCGUCUAUGUCUUGUUGUUCAUCCAUGGAAGUUGCUUGUACUUAACCCACAAGUGGUAUCAAAAAUCGACUUGGAUGUAUAUCUCUAUCCCGAUGUUGCUGUACACAGCCGAGCGAACUCUGCGAACUUGUAGAUCAAAACAUCAUUCUGUUAAAAUACUGAAGGUUUCGGUGCUCCCAGGAAAUGUCUUCAGUGUAGUCAUGUCCAAGCCACAUGGAUUCAUGUACAAAAGUGGACAGUACCUAUUUUUAAAGUGUCCAAAAAUCUCGCCGUUUGAGUGGCACCCGUUCUCCAUCACCUCAGCACCAGGAGAGGACUACCUGAGCGUUCAUAUUCGUACAGUGGGAGACUGGACGCAAGAAUUGAAGCUGUUAUUUACUGACGAUGAUACAUUACCUUCAUCAAAUGGACAAGCCAAAUUUGGUCACCUAGUGACAAUGGAUCCAAAAGGACAGCCGAGACUGCUUGUCGAUGGUCCCUAUGGAGCUCCUGCACAAGAUUACCAGAGUUAUGAUGUACUGCUUCUCAUAGGAUUGGGAAUCGGAGCAACCCCUUUCAUCAGCAUCCUCAAAGAUCUUCUUAAUGACACAAGAAUAUUUGAAGAACAAAUGGAGUCAAACACAGAAACAGCCACAUCAGAUGAGAGCUACAAUAGUUUUACAUCUUCAAAUUUCAUGUCAGGUGGAAAUAAGAGAACACACAGGACCACGAAUGCCUAUUUCUACUGGGUUACCAGGGAAGCUGGAUCCUUUGAAUGGUUUAAAGGAGUAAUGGAUGAAGUUGCAGAAUUAGAUCUCAAAGAUCAAAUUGAGCUACACAACUAUCUCACAAGUGUCUAUGAGGAAGGGGAUGCAAGGUCAACCUUAAUCACAAUGGUCCAAGCUCUCAGCCAUGCCAAACAUGGUGUUGACAUCCUAUCAGGCACUCGAGUAGGAUCCUCUGCAGCCAGAACUUCUGGUUUGUGACAGAAAACUUUAACUAUCACGAGUAAACAACUUUUUUCCCCUUGCAGGGGUAUUCUACUGCGGGAUGCCAGCGUUGGCAAAGGAACUAAAGAAGCUGUCACAUGAGCUGAGCCACAAGACAACUACACGCUUCGAUUUUCAUAAGGAGUACUUCUGACAUGACAAAUUGAUAUUUAAAUUCUACCUUCUACCAUUGU